AUUUUUCUCCGAUUAACGUGGGAAUUUCGAGGCCUUGAGAACGAACGUGGAGGCUUCGUUUGUUGGCCAAAUAAUAAGAUAAUAGAUAGAUGGAUUAGCAUUGCCUAUCCUAUUUCACGUAUAGACUAGGUUAUGUAAAAUUCCUAGGUGGACACUCUAAAAAAUAGAUAAAUCUUAAAAAUUCUCACAAAAGUAAAAAAUAUCCGGCCAUCAUUCCGACAACUCUAAUCAUGAUAGUCAUUAGAUCUAUUAUCUUUUCUAAUAAAUUAUCCACCUCUACCAUUAUGAAAAUAGAGUAAAAUAACCCCCUAAACAUGUAUCUAAAAUUACCCCCCUUUGCCAUUUUAAAAAAGAAAUCUAAAGUAACCCUCCUAAUUUUCAUGUAAAUUACCCACAUAUACUAUUAUAAAAAUAAUACAAAUAAAUCCUAAUUUACAUAUAAAUUAUCCAACUAUGUUAUUAUUAAAAAUUAAAGUAACAAUUUAAAUUAUAUAAUUAUAACAAAGCAUUAAAGUGCACCAAUAUAAAUUUAAAUUACUAUUUAUAUCAUUAUUAAUAUAUUAUUUAUAUAAAACUACUACCCUGAUAUGUGUCACCAUGUAUUCAUGUAUGAUGGAAGACCCGAUCACCCAUCAGAUCGAAUCAGGUUCGGGUCAGUUCAAAAGGAACCCGAGGAUUUUUCCAUUCGGCCGAGCCCAGCUCGGCACGUGGUCAGGUCAGGUCGGGUCGGGAAAAUCUAACUUUUUAUGUAUAAUUUUAAGAGCGGGUCGGGUUUUUUCCAAUUUUGGGUCAAAAGUUUCAGCGCAAGCCCGGCCCAUACUUUAGCCGGGUAGGGUUGGGGUUUUUUUCAGACAGGUCGCGUUCAUCGGGUCAGGUGGCCCAUGAUCAGAUCUAUUGAAGAUAUAAGGAUACAAAUUCAUGAACAAAUGGUUCAAUUAAAUAUAUAUCAAAUACGUAUGGAGGUGUGAUAGAAAAUAAAAUCUAUUGUAACUAGAUAACGAUAAAUAUGUAUUUUAGAGUAUGUUUUAGAAUAUUUAAUAGACAGAAGAGGGCAUGAGAUAGAUAAUUGUAAUUAUUAGGUAUAUGCUUUAUUUUUAUAUUAAUUCUAAUUGGUCCGGGCGGAGCACGGGGGUUGAUAGUCUAGUUUAGUAUAAUUGAUACAAUGAUAUAAACAAUGUAAUAAAAUGAUUAUAUAGAAUAUUAAUGGUCCCCUCCUUUAUUCUACCAAGGUAAUAAUAAAAAUAUUGUUCAUUAUAAGUCUUAACUUAAGAUUAUAUUCUAUAUUGUUGAUUAGCAAGGGACAACUACAAAUAAUUUACUUGUGAUAGAACAUUGGACCUUCUAGUUAUUCGUACUUUCCAAACAAAUUGACCAAGACGAAAGUACUCGAUUUGAAAACAUCAAAUGGUUGACAAUUAGUACCAUGAAUCAAGCUUAAUGGAAUCCCAUGAAAUUUUCUCCCAACUUCCAAACAACAAUUUUGUAUAUGUACCUUCUAUCCCAUAAGAUAUAUUUUCACCUAAGUGCCCUCUUAAUUAGUUUUAGGCCUGCAAAAGUCAAGGAUGUUCCAUGAUUUUGUAUUGACAAAUCAUCAUUGAGGGUCUUCUGUAGAGUCAAACUAAAGGGCCGGUGACCAAGUUUUAUUUUUCUGGAUCUGUCUUUUCAGGCAUGAAGUCAGCCACUCAUGUUGCAUUUUCAAAGCUAAUACUAACUGAAACACUCACUAUCAACUAUAAAUGCGUCUUCUAUUGAUGACCUUAGCGCACACACAAGUUCUCUCUCAUGCAGUCAGCAAACUCAAGCUGCCCAGCUUCCAUCCCUGCCCUUUCUAACAACAACAACAUGCCUAGGGCUUGUCUAGAGACAUUUCUCAUGGCCACCAGCUUCCUCUGCACCAUAAACCAUUUCCAUAUGGUAGCUUCCGUUUCCCUAGCAGAUGAUGACAUCUUCAACCUUGACAUUGUGUCAAAAAUUCACACCGACCAUGAUUCGAUCACCAAGGCAUCAUCAGACUUUGGCCACAUUGUGGAAGCCAUCCCAAAUGGGGUAUUCCAUCCCACCUCACCCGCCGACAUCGUUGCCCUAAUCCGGCUCUCGAUCUCCCAGCCGAAGCCCUUCGCCGUGGCGGCCCGUGGGCAAGGUCACUCCGCAAGAGGGCAGGCCCUUGCCCCGGGUGGCAUUGUCAUCGGCAUGCGCUCGAUGGGGCGCGGUGACCACGGUCACCGUGUGAGCAUGUCGCCGUCGUCCGACCAGUUGUGGGUGGACGCCAGCGGGGAGCAGCUGUGGGCUGACGUCCUGCGUGCCACACUCGAGCAUGGCCUCGCUCCCCGCGUGUGGACCGACUACCUCCACAUCACCGUCGGCGGCACGCUCUCCAACGGUGGCAUUGGCGGGCAGGCGUUCCGGCACGGACCGCAGAUCUUCAACGUGCACGAGCUUGACGUGGUAACAGGCAUGGGUGAGAUGAUCACCUGCUCUCCGGACAAGAACUCGGACCUGUUCUUCGCAGCACUGGGCGGGUUGGGUCAGUUUGGGGUCAUAACCCGGGCACGCAUCGCACUUGAGCCCGCUCCCAAACGGGUUCUUUGGGUCCGGAUCGCCUACACCGAUGCUGAAUCGUUCACCAGCGAUCAGGAGCUGCUCAUAUCGAAACCGUCCAGCGCAUCCGGUUUCGACUACAUUGAGGGCCAAGUCCAGCUGAACCGGACCCUCACCGAGGGCCGAAGGUCGUCGUCGUUCUUCUCGGCCUCAGAACUUGAUCAGCUUGCGAAGCUACUCCUCGACACCGGCUCCGCUGCAAUCUACUACAUCGAGGGCGCAAUGUACUACAACGAUGACACUGCCUCCUCUGUGAACCAGAAACUUGAAAGGCUACUGGAGGAGCUAAACUUUGUGCCGGGGUUCGCGUUCGUCAGGGACGUGUCGUACGUGGAGUUCCUUGACCGGGUUGGCCGGGAGGAGCAGAGACUGCGGGCGGCCGGCGUCUGGGACGUGCCGCACCCGUGGCUCAACCUCUUCGUCCCAAGGUCGCGCAUCCUCGACUUCGACGCCGGCGUGUUCAAGGGCAUCCUCAGGGACGCCAAGCCCGCCGGACCCGUCCUCAUGUACCCCAUGAACAGGGACCGGUGGGACGGCAGGAUGACGACGGCGACGCCGGACGGCGGCGAGGACGUGUUCUACGCCGUCGGGCUGCUCAGGUCGGCCGUGGCCGCCGGCGACCUCGAGCGGCUGGAGAGGGAGAACGCGGCAGUGCUGGCGUUCUGCGACCGGGAGGGCGUCGGGUGCACGCAGUACCUGCCGCACCACGCGUCGCGGGACGGCUGGAGGCGCCACUUCGGCGAGAAAUGGGGCAGGCUCGCCGCGCUGAAGCGCAGGUACGACCCGCGGGGGAUCCUGUCGCCGGGGCAGGGGAUCUUCCCCGCCGCCGGCGGCGACGAAGCCGGCUCUGAUUCUCUGUAGAAGAUACAAGUUUCUUCUUGCUGCAACCUGAGAGUAGGAAACGGAGAUGCUUGCACGUACGGCCUGUUUCUUGGCAAGCUGCGUGCAUGUUGGGACGGCUGAUUCGGAGGAAAGCCAUUGUGGCCGCAGUCCAUUGAUUUGUUUAGUUUGUUUGAUUUUCCUGUGUCAAAUGUAGGGGCCCAUAGGAAAUUUGUGAUAGUUUAUUUUCUUGUGUCAAAUAUGGAGAAGCAACCAAGUUCUAUAUUUGUGAUAGUUUAUUCUUUCUUUUUUUUUUGGUAUCGUUCUGUUUGGGGUCAAUACAAGGCAUCUUCACAGAACAUGUAAGCAACGA